AUGGCGCAACGCGAAAACGCAAACAACCCGUUUGCUGUCACUGCCGCUGCUGCUGAAGGCGGCGAUGGCGAUGGCGAUGGUGGUGGUGAAGGGAUUGAUGGGCUGGCAGACGUGUUUCACGUGGCGUUUGAUCCCUUUGCGGCAGCCCUGGACCUCCAUGCGAAACAGGACGCGGCUGAGAGAUCAUCGCAGCCAUCGACGUCCGCCACAACGGAGGCCACCACGCCAACAACCUCUGCCAGCACCAGCAGCUCGCACGCAUCAUACACGGCCGAUGGCAACUGGUCUUGGGCGCAGCAGCAUUUCGCCUCUGGAUCUCGCGUGAUUCGCGCCUUCUUCUCGUCUCCAUUUGGCGGUAUGGAGGAUGAGCGCACAACGCUGACAAAGCUGUACUUCCCCGAGCUCCGCGCCAUGUGCGAAGCCGAGGGCCUCACCUUUGUCCCCAUCGAUCUUCGCUGGGGCAUUACGGAGAGGGAUGCACAGGAUGCGCGUGUGCUGCAGCUGUGCCUCAAGGAGAUUGACCGAUGUGACAUGUUCGUUGGAUUCUAUGCAGCGCGGUAUGGGUGGCACAACACGGGGAGUGAUGAGCUCCUUACGCGCAAUUUCGACAUUGCGAUCAAGGAGUACCCGUGGAUCGAAGCGUUCAAGGACAAGAGCGUAACGGAGAUUGAGUUUGAGGCCGGACACUUUCAAUGCCCUGGGGAGAAGGCGAGCUGCUUCUUCUUCCGUGCGAGCGAACACGAUAGCGCCAAGCACGCCGCCCUCACAGCUGCCGGCGACACCACAAAUGCGCGCAAGUUUUCUGCUGAGUCAGCACAAGCUGCUGCGAUGCGCGACGAGCUGAAGAAGCGGGUGGUGGCGUCCGCGUCCACCCUGCGCCUGCCCUGUCACGCGUACAGCACGCCAGAGGAGGGGGCGCGCUUGAUGUACGAAACAGUCAAGUCGAUUCUCGCACCACGCGUCACCCUCGCUCGCCAGGCAAACAGGCUCAAGCACGGUGAUUCUGAAGCGGCGCAGCACGACGUGUACAUGAAGUUGCGGUCAGACAUGUUUCUCGGGUACGAAAACUACCUGGACGCCAUUACGCAAUACGUCAAUUCAGAAAGCACGACCCCGCUUGUGGUGACGGGUCGACACGGAACAGGAAAGACGUCGCUGCUCGCGCGCUGGCUCCGAUCGCACAUGGAGGGCGCCCGCAAGGACAACGUGACGCAAUCCUCCUCGAAGGAUAGCAAGGGAGGACCGACUCCUUCCAGUGCGAGUGGCGAUUUGCUGUUUGUGUACCAUUUCGUCGGCUGUUCGAGCAAGAGCACGACGCUCGUCAACCUGCUGCAGCGGCUCGUGCAGCAGUUCAGUUCUCUCAUUGGUGAUGACGUGGACGCGUUUGAAUUCGACAUCACGCAACUCAAGUCAAAGCUCGCAUCGUUCAUGGCACGAGCUGCUCGCGCUCACAGCGAUCGACGUAUUGUUGUUCUUCUCGACGCAUUGGACGAACUGCUGGCGGAGCACAAUGCACACGACUUGUCGUGGUUGCCGUCCUUGCUCCCAAGCAACGUCGCAGUAAUUGUGUCGACUGUUGACGCGUCGCUGGCCCGUGAGCACCAGUGGUCGAACCUGCACAUCACCGAUCUCUCACCAGACCUCAUCUCACGCAUCAUGCACAUCCAGCUGCAGAUCAGGGGCAAGAGUCUAUCUGAGAGGCAGCAGGCGCGCAUCCUGGACCACCCAGCGUGCCACACCCCCCUCUUCCUCAUCGUUCUCAUCGCUGAACUCUGCGCGUUCGGCAGCUUUGAGGAACUCGACGACAAAAUUGAGGCCUGUCUCAGGUCGGAGAAUGUGGAAGCGCUCUUCAUGCACGUCCUCCAACGCCUCGACGACGACUUUGUCGGCGUGCUUGCAGGCAAUGGCGAUGGCGCUGUGCGUGCUGUGAUGACGCAUCUCGCAUGUGCGCGACACGGGUUGUCAGAAGCCGAGAUUAUGGAUUGCCUGGAGCUGACGCCCCAGACAUGGUCACGCCUCUAUUUUGCAAUGGAGGACCUGCUCGUCACGCGUUCGGGCCUGCUGUUGCGAGCCUGCAUCACGCACCCUCGCCUGUUUGCUGAUCUGUGCGCUGGUCUGAGUGCCGGCAAUUACGACCUUCUCCAUUACUGGGCCGCUGUUGGCGACACGGGCGAACAGAUGGCGGAUGCGUACAUGAAGAGUUUGGACGCGCAGCUGUCGGCGGCAGAGAACGACGACGACCUCACGGAGAUUGCGACUGCUGCAACGCGCAUUGGCCAAUAUCUGGCGGAGGCGGGGCACUUCAAGCACGCCGUCAAGCCUUUCCAGCAAGCGUUGAAAUUGAAGGAACGCGUGUACGGGCGGGAGAGCGAGAAAGUCGUCGACACAUUGGCGGAUUUGGGCCGGCUCUGCUUCACACAGGGCGAUGCGAAGAGCAGCCAUGCGCUGUACACGCGCGCGCUGAAGAUUGCGCGAAAGUGUUUUGAUGCGGACGAUUUGUCCGUCAUCAACAUUGAGAUUGGAUAUGCGUCCGUGUUGAAACAGCAGGAGGACUUUGAUGCCGCUCUUCAGCUCUACAAACACGCUCUCAAGGUGUAUUCAUCCGUGCUGUCACCCGAACACCUUGACGUGGCACUUGUGCACCACAACAUUGGAGAUGUGCUUGCACGCACGGGGCACGAGGAGGAGGCCGUUGAGUCGUAUCAGAUUGCUCGUGACAUCCGACAGCGCGCUCUCGGUGCGAGCCAUCCUGCGACAGUGUCAACGCUUGUUGGUCUCGGAUCUGUUCUGCUUGCGACGGGACAGGUUGAGGAGGCGCAGGCGUGCUUCAAGACUGCGCUGGAGGUGCGUACGCGGGUGCUGGGACGAAAUCAUCCAGAGACGGCCGAGGCGUUGGGCAAAGCAGCCCUGAUUGAAGCUCUUACCGGCACCAUUGACGACGCAAUGAACAUGUUCAUGGAAGCGAUCACCAUCUUGGAGGAGUCGUUUGGCCCAAAUCACCCGGCGCUGUGCGAAUAUCUCGACAGAAUGGCAGAGCUCGCACAGGAGGGCGGACAUGCUGAAGACGCAUUGCAUUUCUACACGCGAUCGCUGUCCAUCAAGGAAGUGGCGCUCGGGUCCGAUUCGCCCGCGCUUUGCGACACUCUGUACAACAUUGCGCAACUCAGCAUGGAGGCGAACCACCUGCAAGAGGCGUAUGUGAACAUCAAGCGCGUGUACGACAUUGCGAAAGUUUCGUUUGGACCCGAGCACCCGUUGACACAGGAGGCCGGAGAGAAGACGCAGCUCCUCUCCCAACUCGUCUGAUCACUGGUGUUGUGUUGUUGUUGUUGUUGUUGUU